AUGACUUAUGCAACCUCUGCGCCCGCGACUGCCGGUGGACAAGCAGGCUCUCCGCCUGUCUGCCAGAACUGCUCAACAAGCACCACGCCGCUAUGGCGCCGCGAUGAGACGGGUGCCGUUCUCUGCAACGCCUGCGGUCUCUUCCUGAAGCUGCACGGCCGGCCGCGACCCAUAUCGCUCAAGACCGAUGUCAUUAAGAGCCGCAACCGUGUCAAGACCGGAGGGCCCGGACGCAAGAGGACCAGCGACCAAGGGGGUCUCCCCGCAGCGCAUCCUGAUGCAGAUGGCCAGCUAGCCCUUGCUCAGCACCGCCGCGCAUCAGGUAAAAUUUCCUCGGGCCUGUCGGACCGUUCGCAAUCACCCAUUUCGCGCACCGGUACUCCCAACUUCAACCAUCCCUCCAACAUUGCGCCCCAGCACAUGUUUGAGCAGGCCCUGCAUAGUGAUUUCCACUCGCCCUCGUUACCAGGCUUUGGUCUCCGUGCUCCUUCUCCCGCCAACUCAUCCAUCAAUGGGUCGCACCUUGAAGCCCCUCUGCCCUACGAGACCCUUGCUGCACAGAAUACUGCGCUCAAGACUCGUGUAUCAGAGAUGGAACUCAUCAACGACCUUUUCCGGAACCGCGUCAGCGAACUCGAACAGAGUGAGCAGUCAGCCCGCCAGACCGAGUCUACACUGAGGCAAGAGUUGGAGGAAGUCAAGCAACGGGAAGCUGACUUGAAGAGGCGGCUGGAUGAACUUGAGGGUGACAGCCCGAGGCACAAGAAGAUGAAGAUGAGCGAAUUCGUCGACGAAAGCCGCGCCGGUACGCCCAUUAGCGCAAUGGUGGACUAA